UAGUCUGCAGAAAAUUCUUUUUUUUUUCCAUUUAAAAUGCAUUGUACAUGUCUAGCUUAUACGUUUCUGACUAUAUUGAUGAGACUAAAUCACAAAAAAAGAAUGAAAACAAAGACAAAAUAUUUCAAUUUUGAAAUCCAUAUUUCUGACAUUAAAAUUAAAAAAAGGAGAUCAGACAACAAACCAAGUUAACAUGUGAAUACACAAAUACAAAUCAUUGCAAACAUCUCAUAAUGAUUCCGUAUUCCAAUAAUAACCUAUUGCAAAUGUUUUUGUUCAUAGGCCACAAAUAUUCUACAAUAUUUAUAUGACCCAACUGUAGUGAUAACUUUGAUUUUACUGAUAAAUAUUAUGCUUCAGUCUGCCAGUUACAACAGAUAAUAGAAUAUAGAAAGAGGCGGUUUCCCCAAUUUUUUAUAGCACAAGAAAUUCAGUUUUAACAUGGUUGUUUUAGACCAUCAAAACAGAAUGAUGUAUUUCAAAGUAAUGCAAAGAGGAUCAUGAACAGUCAAACAUUACAAACUAAAAGCAAAUAACUGCUGUUGAAGUUGUGUGAUUCAGGGACCGAGGCAUAUUUUGAGCUGUAGGGGGCGAGAGAGCUCUGUUGAUGUCAAGUCAAGUCUUCAUAAAUUGCCUUUCAAGGUCGAUUUUUGUAGAUACAUAUGUUUUAUUUUAAAGAUGCAUGUGUCAUAAGUGUCUUGAUAUUGUUUUCAUAGGCAUAAAAAGUUUCUUCUUCCUUCUUUAAGCGAGCUCUCUGGUGUUUCCGAUGCUACCUGAAGGCAACACGCCGAUUCCUAAUUGGAGGCAGAUUUCGGGGCGAGGAGUGGCUUCUCUUCCUCAACUGCCCCAAAAGCGGACGGUUUGCUUCCCGAUGGAGGCUGAGCAACUUGGGCAACACUUCUAGAAUAGCAGGGAAACGCGUCCUCGAGGGUCGUAGCUCAACUCACUCCGUUGUUGGACUUGACGACAUGCUCGCGGCGUCUGCAGUGUGAGGGUCGGCUGUUGGCUCUCGGGUUGUUGUCAGUAUUUGUGCAGCAGCGGUCAUGUAUGGGACUGGUCCUCCGCACGGUGAGGUGGACUCUGAGUAUCGACGGCACGCUCGCCACAGGAUGGAAUCUUCGUGUCUGGACUUGGCCCUGGAAGGCGAGCGCCUCUGCAAGGCAGGGAACUACCGCGCCGGAGUGUCUUUCUUUGAGUCAGCCAUCCAGGUCGGGACAGAGGAUCUCCAGAUUCUCAGCGCCAUCUACAGCCAGCUGGGCAAUGCAUACUUUCACCUGCAGGAGUACAACAAAGCCCUCGAGUACCAUCGGCAUGACCUCACACUCACACGAACAAUUGGUGAUGAACUCGGUGAGGCCAAAGCCAGCGGGAACCUCGGGAACACACUAAAAGUUCUGGGCCGAUAUAAUGAAGCGGUGGUUUGUUGCCAAAGACACUUGGACAUCACCCGAGCCAUGUAUGACAAGGUUGGGCAAGCUCGAGCGCUGUAUAAUUUUGGGAACGUUUACCACGCCAAAGGAAAGAGCAUCUGCUGGAGUGGAACUGAGCCGGGAGACUUUCCAGAGGAAGCGCGGAUCGCUCUGAGGAAAGCAGCUCAGUACUACGAGGCAAACCUGUGUCUGGUGAAGGAGCUGGGUGACCGUGCAGCUCAAGGCCGGACUUAUGGAAACCUGGGAAACACGUAUUAUCUGCUGGGCGACUUUAAAACCGCAGUGGCUGCACAUGAGAAGCGCCUCCUAAUCGCCAAAGAGUUUGGCGACAGAUCUGCGGAGAGGAGGGCGCAUUGUAACCUCGGCAACGCCUGCAUCUUCCUCAGCCAGUUCGAAGUGGCGGCCGGUCAUUACAAGAGGACUCUGCAGCUGGCCCGGCUGCUGAAGGACCGAGCGGUGGAGGCCCAGGCCUGCUACAGUUUGGGCAACACCUACACGCUGCUGCAGGACUAUGAGAGAGCCAUCGAUUACCACCUCAAACACCUGGUCAUCGCCCAGGACCUCAACGACAGAGUCGGAGAAGGAAGAGCGUACUGGAGUCUCGGAAAUGCCCACACCGCCCUGGGGAACCACGAACAGGCCAUGCAGUUCGCUGAGAAACAUCUGGAAAUCGCCAAAGAGACGGGCGACAAAAGCGGCGAGAUCACCGCCAGGAUGAACUUGUCUGACCUUCGCUUGGUUGUCGGCCUCAAGUCCAACUCCCACAGUCCGACCAACAUCUUUCGGAACACCAACAGCAACAGUUCAGCGGUGCCAGGAAGCCACCAACACUACAUUCACCUGCCGGUGGGAUCAAUGUCACCAGCAAGGUCGCGGGGAAGUGCCGAACACCUCGAGCAGUCAAGUCCAACAUCUGACAAGUUCUCUGCCGGAGAUCCAUCCGCCAGUCUAGACUCGGAAGACGAGUCGUCCUCCAAGUGGUCCAGAAGUAACACCAUCAAAGCUUCCACCAAGCUUUUCCUCUUCCAGCGGCUGAGGAGUAAAAAACACAAGAAGUCUUUGGCGAAAGAGCACGAGAACGGAACCGAACCCUCGUCACCUGAAGCCGACUCGGCAGAGUCUCCUAAGCUGGACUCGCACGACACGCUGGGAGAGGACGGCUUCUUCGACCUCCUGACUCGUUUCCAGGGCAACAGGAUGGAUGACCAAAGGUGCUCAUUGUUGGAUGGCCCGAGCCAUCACCCCGCCCAUUCCUCCCCCUCCUCCACCCCACCUGUAGCUGAGAGGAAAUCUAUUUUCGAAUGCGAAGCACCGUCCCAGGAUCCCGCUCAUUUCCUGGAGCUGCUGGCCAGCUCGCAGUCGCGCCGCCUGAACGACCAAAGAGUCAGCAUGAGCCAUUUUCCUGGCUGGAGACUCAGCAUCUCCAACCCGCCACUUACACCCACCACCUCCAGCGAAAGCCCAAACCCCUCCCAAGCCCAAAUCCCCAGCUCCGAGCCGCCGCACACACCCUCCCCGCUCAGUGGAGACAAGUCCAGCUUUGAUCAGCCGGAGGGGGACGAAGUUUUCUUCGACAUGCUGGUGAAGUGCCAGGGCUCGCGACUGAACGACCAGAGGUGCGCGGCUCCGCCCUCCGCCCGAGGUCCAACGGUUCCAGACGAGGACUUCUUCGGACUCAUCCUGCGCUCGCAGUCCAACAGGCUGGAGGAGCAGAGGGUCCAGCUGCCAUCCGGAGCCAGCCCGUCCAAACUGGAUUGAGUCAGCAAAGCGAUGGAUCACGGUACCUCAGGACGCAAGAUGAAGUUUACAAGUACUCUGAACAAAACAUGGGAGCAAACAUGGAAUUCGCUUUGAGCCAAACUCUCGGACUCAGUGGUUUAAAAAAAAAAAAAAAAGUGUCGGACAUUUUUAAAGACGUUUUUACGUGACUAUUUUUUUUUUAAAGAAAUGUUUUUUUAGAAACAAUUUCAGACGCAUUAUUGUGAGAAAAAAUGUUUUUUUUUUUAGGUUUGGUCCGCUUUGGAGGAAUAAAAUCUCAUUUCAACACA